UGCGACUUUACAGAUGGUCACAGCGAUUCCAGGCUAACACACCUCUCUCUUCUCUCUCUCCUCCCACCUUUCUUUCCCCCAAUUUGUUUGUGAAACCCUAGAAAGAAAGACAUACCUACAUACCCCCUGUAUAAUCUCAUUCUUGUUCGUCAAACAUCCCCCUUUUUCUUCAAUUUACUUCAGAUUUCAGACAAACCCAGAACAAAGCUUUCAUCUUUAUUCAAUUUUGUUGGUGGGUUGAAGUGGGUUUGGUGUAGAACUCACCAAUGUUACGUUUUCAAGAUUCUGAAAAUUGAAGUUUACCCUUUGUUGUUAGCUUUCGAAGUUUCGUAAUUAUUUUCAUCAACUGGACUAGGGUUUCAGAAUGGCCAAUCCGGAUUUGCAAAUGAACCCUCAGAUGGAACAGAUCUAUGGAGAAAUUCGUGACAAUUUUCGUGCCCUAGCAAAUGGGUUUCAGAAGCUGGACAAGAUUAAAGACUCCACCCGACAAAGUAAACAGUUGGAGGAUCUUACGGGAAGGAUGAGAGAAUGCAAAAGGUUGAUUAAAGAGUUUGAUCGUGAAAUCAAAGAGGAGGAAAGCAAAAAUCCUCCAGAUGUUAGCAAGAAACUUAAUGAUGAGAAGCAAUCAAUGAUCAAAGAGCUGAAUUCAUAUGUGGCAUUGAGAAAGACAUAUCAAAGCACUCUUGGAAACAAAAGGGUUGAACUUUUUGACAUGGGGGCAGGUGCUAGCGAACCUAUGGCCGAUGACAAUACUCGGGUUGCAUCUGAAAUGUCAAAUCAAGAGCUUAUUCAAGCUGGCAACCAGAGAAUGGACGAGACUGAUCAGGCCAUUGAACGGUCUAAACAGGUGGUUCAUCAAACAGUUGAAGUGGGAACCCAGACUGCUGCUAAGUUGAAAGGCCAAACCGAUCAAAUGGGUCGUAUUGUUAACGAACUAGACACCAUUCAGUUCUCUAUCAAAAAAGCAUCUCAGCUCGUGAAGGAAAUAGGACGCCAGGUGGCGACAGAUAAAUGCAUCAUGGCUUUUCUUUUUCUUAUCGUUGUUGGUGUCAUUGCUAUUAUCGUUGUGAAGAUUGUGAAUCCCCACAACAAAGACAUUAGAGACAUACCAGGGUUGGCGCCUCCAGCUCCGGCCGCAAGGAGACUGUUGUAUGUUAUGUCUGGAGAGCAAUUUUGAAGACACAUUGGGGAAGCUGAUGAAAUUGUUUUGAGUUAUGAUGAAUCAUGCCCAUAUGCUAUGCUAUCUAAUGUAUUCUUUCUUUAUCUGAGAUGUGCAUAUCUUACCUUAAAAAGUUUUUUUUUCAUGUAAAUGGUUGGUUUGUUUGGCUAUAUUUUCAUCAUUGAACAUUGUAUCGCUUGAUUUGUGUUGAAAUAUUAUGAGUUAUGUUGAAUGCAAUAUGUUACUUUUUAUUUUA